CCUUAUCAAUAAGCUCAAGGGGCUGAACUGGCUCUGACUGAAUUAUUGAGCUGAGCCUUUCUUCGCUUCCCGAAACUGUGGGUGAGGACUCUCGCUCUAUUACUCACCUGCUGAAUGAAGCCUAGGCAUUCCUUUUUGCUUAUGUACCGAUUACCAGACUGGCGGAUCAAUGCAACAUGACCAGUGGAUGGAAUGGUUCAAUAAUAAUCAGUCAGCACAGCUGUAUCAUGCAGUACUUCGACUUGGUCUUGAUAUUGGGAUAAAACGUACAGGCCUGGUAAUAUCAAAGGGGUAAAUUUCUCCUCGUAAUCUCUAUUCUUUUGAAAAUGCGCAUCCGCCCUCUCGAACCGAAAGAUAUUUCCGAAGUCGCCGACCUUCAGGUCGCGGCGUUUCUACACGACGAAUUAUUCACCUGGUUCGACCCCGAGUUAGAAAAACAUCCCGAAGAGCUGCGACGAGUGAGAUUGGCUCGCACUAGGAAUCGCAUGGAAGAAGUGGGCUGUCACGGAUUCGUGCUUGAAAUUGAUUCUGAAGACGGAUGUGCCGUAGAUGGGAAGCGCAUCGCUGGGAUGACAAUGUGGCAGCGAGAAGGGAAUGAUGAGCUUGCAAGGAGGUGGCAGCAUGACACGCUAUCAAAGAGGCUGAAUCGACUGCUGUUGUGGAUGGAAGGCACAUAUGAGAAAUACGUCGUCUUUUCGCACACGAACAAGGAGCGGCUUGCGCAUUUCUUCCAAGUCGCGCACGAUGAAUUCGACCCGAUACUUGCUACCCUCCCGUCCCGAUGGCAUCUAAGUGCCCUCGCGGUGCACCCGGCAUUUCAUCGUCGCGGAAUAGGGAGCCAACUGUUAGAGCAUGGCCUACAAUUUGCGGAUGAGGAGAGGGUCCCAGUAACGCUCAAUGCAAGCGUGGCGGGGCGUCCUUUGUACGAAAAGAGCGGAUUUGAGGUCGUGAAAACGUGCUUGAUCGCCGAAUCACCAGAACUCUUGGGAGUGUUGAUGGUGAGAUCGAUGGCCAAGACCAGUCACGAGAAUGAAUAGGAUUCUUUCAGGAGUAGGUCUUGGUGAUAGUCUGAUUGUAAUUCGAUAUAAAGAGAAGCUCUAUGCCACCGUGAUAGGGCCAACAGGCAGCGCAAUUCUCUCGAUUAUCUAGUCCGAAGCACGAUUGCCGCUCAAUUUGC